UAUUGGCUUGUUUAGGUGUUAGAUAUUUAACGCGAUUAUUUUAUUUAUAUUUUCGAGACGAGAUAAAAAGGGGCCGAUGACGACAGAAGACAGAACAGCGAAUCAAUCCGAGUCUUUUCUCUUUCAUUAUUCGACCAGACUCGGCCGGCGAACGUCUCGUUUCGCUUGCAAGAAGGUUACAUCGCGGUAGAAAAGGAUUUUAAAAAAUGGCAAGGUUGAUGGUACAUAUCAGCAGGUGCGCGAUGAAGACGCUCGUUUCCCAGGGUAGAAACGAUUUAUUCAACGCGACCGGGAAAUCGAGGAUAUCUCUCGCCGCAUGGCGCUCCAUAACCACAACUCGGUGUUUGAGAGCUGAACGAUGGUACACCGACCAACACGAAUGGGUGACAGUGGAUGGCAAAGUGGGCACAGUUGGAAUUUCGGAUUAUGCACAAGAUGCACUAGGAGAUGUGGUAUUUGCGCAACUUCCUGAUGUAGGAUCCACAGUCAAGAAAGAUGAGGAAUGUGGAGCUCUAGAAUCAGUAAAGGCAGCUUCAGAAUUGAUAAGUCCGGUCAGUGGAAAAGUUACAGAAAAAAAUGAGGCGGUCGAAAAUAAACCUAGCUUAAUUAAUACGUCUUGUUAUGAAGAAGGUUGGCUCUUUAAAGUAGAGUUAGACAACCUAGACGAAAUCAAAAGUUUGAUGAACGAAGAGGGUUAUAAUACGUUCUUAAAAUCAGACGCUCAUUAAAUAUAAAUUAAAACAUUUUUCUUAUCUUUAAUCAUAAAUUUUCUUUGCUUUAAUUGAUGAUUUUAUUUGAUAUUGCAUUUAAGUUAUUAGUUAUAUAUUUUAGAAACCUAUCUUGUCUUCUAUUUGAAGAUAUUCAAAAUUUCAAUGAUCUUUAUUUAAGAAAUAACUUUCUCUUUUCAAACAUGAAAAAUCUUAAUGUAAAUUAUUCGUGUUUAAUAAUUCAUAUAAAUCUAAAAGAUGCAUUACUAUAUUAUAUAUAAUCUAUAUAAUAUAUUC